AUGCCGGACGGCAACGAUCCCAAUAAGGAGCAACCAACGUCGCCUUCGAAGUCGGAGAAAUCCGCCAAGACUGGAGAACCACCAUUUGAAGAAGAAGAAGACCAAGACAACGGUUCUCUGUUAAACGACGAGCCUCUCACCACUUUCUCUUCUCAGUUUUCAAUCAACAUGGGUGCGCAACAAGUAGAAGCCCAUUUGGUACCCCAUGCUCCGGAUGGAGGAUAUGGAUGGGUUAUCGUUUUCGCCGCUUUCAUGUCUAACUUUGUGGUCGACGGUAUCUCUACAGCAUUCUCGGAAUUCAAACAAUCGUACAAGGAAAGAUACAUGUCAUCGGACGCCUUGACCUCACUCAUUGGAUCUCUUAUCAUUGGAAGUUAUUUGCUUGUCGGACCAAUUGUUGGAGGACUCUGCAACAAGUACGAGCCAAGAUAUGUUGUCAUUCUCGGAUCAUUGAUUUCUGGAGUCGCUUUCCUUAUCGCCCCAGCUGCUCCAAAUAUUUACGUCUUCAUGCUCAUCUAUGGAGUUCUUGGAGGAAUUGGUUUUGGUAUGAUCUACCUGCCAGCUAUUGUUGUUGUUGGAUUCUACUUCGAGUCAAAGAGAGCUAUGGCUACCGGUAUCUCUGUCGCUGGUUCUGGAGUUGGAACCUUCGUCAUGCCAAUUAUCUGUCAAUAUGCUAUUGCAAACUUUGGAUGGGAGAAGACUCUUUGGAUUUUGGCUGCCUUCAAUUUCAUCUGUGUUAUCUUCGGAUUCCUUUAUCGUCCUCUUCCAAUGAUCGAUAUCAAUGAACAACGUGAACAAGAAAUGGAACCACUCCGUCAAGCUCUCUCGAAAGUGUCUGAUGGAGAAGACGAUGAAGUCGUUGAGAGUCCACAUGUAAACCGUUCGACAUCGGCCGCCAGUGGUGCCAAUCAGGAAGAAGAUUUGUCUCAAGACCCAGCUGUCCAACGUCUUCGUAGUGUUCUCAAUGAGAUUGAUGAUGGGACUGAGACUCCAAAGACUGACAAACACCGUACCCAUGCUGCCCCACGAUCCCGCAAGCAUACCAUGACUAGCAACUCUGGAUCUCAACACGACUUGAAAUCUUCUCGUGGAAACUUGGCUGAAAACCGUCUUAGCCGUGUUUCUGCUAGAUCAUACGCUCAAUCUCUGAGCAAGCUAAGCAAAUCUGGAGGAGCUUCUAAUCUCAGUAUUGCAAUGAGUGGAGUGGAUCCAAAUGAGUUCUCUCGUCCUUUGAAUCGUCAGGAUAUCUUCUACGGAGGAUCCAUCAGCAACUUGAAGGAAUUCAAGCAAGAGGGAGGAAACAUGACCAACUACCGCGCCUCUACUCUUUCCAUCCCAAAAUCUGUUGUCGGACAAGCCGCUUCUCAGAUGAACUUGAGCCGUGCAGGAAGUCGUAUUGGAGGACCAGUAGCUGAAGACGAGGAAGAAAUGAUUGAACCGUUUGUGGAUGAUGGAUGCUGCAAGAUUCUCCCACUCUCUAUCCGCAAUGCUUUCUCGGAAAUGAUUGAUUUGGAGCUUCUCAAGGAUCCUAUUAUGCUCAUCCUGUGCCUGUCCAACCUCCUGGGAAUGAUGGGAUUCUACAUUCCAUUCAUGUUCCUCAAGGAUCUAUCUGAAUCCAUGCAACUCGAUCCAAGUCAAGCCAAGUUCCUCGUCCCAAUCAUCGGUGUCACCAACACCGUCGGCAGGGUUUUCUUCGGAUGGGUCGCUGACAAGAAGUACCUCACUGCUCUCACCAUCAACAAUCUUUCCCUCGUCAUCUGCGGAUUCCUCACUCUUGCAUGCCCGCUUCUUCGUACUAUGGGAGGACAAUACUUCUACUCUUUCUUCUUUGGAUUUAUCAUCUCGGCUUACAUCUGCUUGACCUCAAUUGUUCUUGCUGAUCUCAUGGGACUCGAGAAACUCACCAACUCCUUCGGACUUCUUGUUGUUGCAAGAGGUAUUGCCGCACUUGCUGGAUCCCCAUUUGCCGGACUUGUCUACGAUAUUACUGGAAGUUAUGAUGCCGCUUUCUACUUCGGAGGAAUGGUUAUCUUGAUCGCUGGAUUGAUCUCUUGCACUAUCCCAUUCGUUCUCAAGCGCCGUGGAAAUGCUGCUGGUGUGAUGUUCCAGUCGCAAGACCAAGAUAAUAUGUCUGGCAAACUGUCUGUUCUGACCGAAAGGUCUGAAGAGGCAUUAACUGAUUAUCAGAGAACUAUUCAGUCUCUGAAACAACAACAUCAGUUGUUGCAAGAUUUGGAAGAGGAAAAGCGCAAACAAAAACAAAACGGAGUUGUCGAAGAGGAAGAAGAGAAUGAUGAACAUGUAUGUUCAUCUGAGAAUGAGAGUGAUAAAUUGAUGUUUUACUAA